UGUUAGAAACCUUACUUUAUAGGCUUGAGGCUUCACAGUUGAUAAACUCAAAGAAGAAGAAAUGGCACAUACAGGAAAUUUUCUCCGUCGAAUCAAAUGCUCUCUCGGUGGAUUAACGUCUUCGUAUACUUCGAUCGCUCAAUCCAGACAAUUGAUCUGUUGUUUUAGGGUUGAGAAGAAGGCUUGGGUUAAGGGCCUGAUAAGCAGUCACGCUUCUUCAAGAUUGCAGUGUAAACUUGAUAUACAGAGAAAUUGGGUUCGCAAUCUCUGCUUCUCAGGAAGUAGAUUAAAUAUUGGAAGCAUUUUGCGCGUUUCAGUAAUUAUAGGAUCCUUCAGCUUUUCUCCGCAAGUCGCCUAUGCGAUGGAUGAUUGUGGGAUUUUAGAGGAUGAUUACCGUGUAGACCUGUCGGGAGCUUCAGAUGUCGAAGAAGAUCAAAGAGCCAUCAGGGCAUUUGUGAGGAAAUUGUGGCUGCCUGUUCUCUUCUUUUUCACUGUGUUGGUGAGCUGGGAUCAUCCCAUCGCACUUGCAAGUAAAGUCAUUCUUUUUCUUCUCAGCACAAAGCCUAACCCUCUAUCGGUGUAUGUUUUUGUUGAACAGUUGUGUCAUCAAUAUAAGCGCCAAGACCCUCGCUUGUACGGAUCAAAGUCAUUAUAUGCCAGCAAAGUUGAAGUUCAAGAUUACAAAAUCCUCUGCGUUGCUCGUGUCGUCAUUAGCAAUCAGAGAUUCACUUUGGUAGGAAUUCUUGGAGGUUGGUGGGCUUUGCCAUUGUCAUCAGGAUUAUUUUCUGCACUCAGGGAUAGCUCAAGCAUUCAUCCGAGGAAAAGCCUAUUUGGAUACAGUUAGAAAUGUAGAAGCAUAUCUACAUUGAAGAUAGUGUUCAUCUUCAAAGUACUGAAUAACACACAUCCAAUCACUUUGCCAUUUUUUGAAAAAGAAUUCCCCCUCCAUGUCUGUGGCCUCUGGUGCUUUUUUGUCGUUCUUCAAUUUUUUUAUUUAUAAGACUGACUUUUCUGAGACUCUGUCUUGACUAAUCACUUGGACAUGUGCUGUUUCCAAUAAGGUAAUCGAACCAGUCUCGAGGAGAUUUUUGUUUGCUUUUCGCGUAUUUUUUUUUCCUUUCCUUAGAUUUCUUGUAUAUUUGUGUAGUACAUGCUUAAAGUAUGUAAUGAAUGUAAUACAAAAUCUCAAAAGAUUGGCCGAGUUGA